GCUAGCUAGGAUUAGCCAGGCUGGUACCCUGCGAACCAAGUGAUACCGGUAGAAGUGUCCUCUGUUACAUGGCCUAAAGUAUCUGCUAUUUGUCGCCUAAGAAACCCCGUCCUGUAAUUAGUUUCCGAGGGCCAUGAUUGAAGGCGAAUUGCUAGCACCACACGUGCAAGCAUUGCGAAUCCUGUUUUUGACUCUCGAAUUCAGGGCUGGAACAUUCAGUGGCAAUGGUGUCUACGCUACUGCGCAGGUGCGCGCAUUGACAGCAGCAGGCCACAAGCUAUUCGUCGUGAGCGCACAGCCAGUCCAUGCUGCAAAACCCACGGAGGAUUACGGGGUCCUUAAAAUUGUCGAGGUUCCGGUCAGCUCAUGGCAUCGAUUGGAUGCUGGUGCGCCCUGGCGUGAGUUCGCAGCGGGGGUCCUAGACGGGGCGGUUUCGGAGGCGGUACGCGCCUUCGCCCCUCAGGUGGUCUUAGCAGUAGACUGGAGCGCGCUGCAGGCUGUACGGAACCUCUUGCCGUACUGCGGAGGCGCGCCGUACGUGUACCUCAACUACCGCGUGUUCACUCGUACGGCAGUCGGAGAGGACCUUGAACUCAUUCGCAGCAUGGAGGCUGCUGCCAUGUCAGAAUCAAUCCUCACGGUGGCACUCAGCCGCAGCGACGCACACUACCUAGCCACCCAGGUGGCGGGGAGGGGGCGGGGUAAUUAUCGUGCGGAGGGGGCGGGCAGGGCCAGCAGCAUUGCAGCUCAGAACGGUGCACAAGGGAAUGAGGAGGAGCGGCAACAGCAGUGUGCGGAUGGGGAAGGGGCGUCCGGUGUUGGGCUGGCUGGCGACGCAGGGCUGUUGAUGCCGUUGCCGAAGGUGUUGCUUCCCGCUCUCCGUGAGGAUGUACGGCAGUUGCAACCACCAGCCGACCUGGCUCGCCUGGCAACCAUCCUGCUGGACAACAAAAGUGUCAACCAGGAGGAGGCGCAGCAGCAGAACCAACAGCAGGUGUCGCAGGAGGGCAGUUGUGAUGCAGCAGAAGCGGAGGUGGAGGCGCAGGCGGCGGCGUUUGUGGCCUCGCGGCCCUACCUGUCAUGCGUGGUGCGGCUAAGCCCAGAGAAGGAGCCGGAGCGGUUCGUGGCAGCCGUGGAGGCGCUUGCAGGGCAGGGGCUGCUGGAGAGGUUCGGACUCACACCGCUGCUGCUGGGUGUGGCGAACGAUGAGUAUGCGCAGGCCCUCAAGGCUCGGCUGCGCGCCGCCGCGCCCACCAGUGUCAUCCUGGAGCGCUUUGUUGGGCCCGCGGAGCUUGCGCAGCUGUACCGCCAGACACGACUCAACUUCCACCCGUCGACCUACGACGCGUACGGCAUGACAAUUGUGGAGGCGGCGUCGCAGGGUGCACCCUCUGUCGUCCACGACGGCGACGGCGCCGUGGGCGCGACGGAUCUCCUCCGCGGCGGCGAUGGCGAGGUGUUCCUGGUCGACCUUGAGGCGCCGGCGGAGCAGGUGGCGGCGGCGGUGGGCAGCAUCUUGGCGGCUCCGGUGCGGCUGGCGGGCACUGCGGUGCGGGCGCUGCGGAAGGCUCGGUCGUGGGAUGAGGCGGCCAAUGCAGCUGAGCUGGUGCGCAUGGUGCAGGAGGCCAUGGGAGGUGGUGCGGUUACGGAGGUUUUGGUUAGGGUGUGGCGCGAAGGUAAUGCGAG